GGUUCAGAGUCAAAUUGUCCCAACCCUAGGUUGACCAGAAGGGAGCAGACAUCAGACCAGACAGGUCUGACCUCCUCUGGACUCUGCAGCUAUGCGGCUCCUCUGGGGACUGCUCUGGGUGUUCAGCGUCUUUGCCUUGUCCCUGCAGAAGCCCAGGCUGCUCCUGUUUUCCCCCUCGGUGGUUAAUUUGGGGGUCCCUCUGUCAGUGGGGUUGCAGCUCCAGGAUGCCCCUCCAGGACAGCAAGUAAAAGGAUCUGUGCACCUGAGAAACCCGAACGGCGGCUCUUGCUCCCCAAAGAUGGAUUUUGUCCUCAGUUCAGGAAAUGAUUUUGUUCUUCUCAACCUCGAGGUUCCAUUGGGAGAUGUGAGGGACUGUGGCCUCUUUAAUCUGCGUAGAGCUCCCCACGUCCAGCUGAUGGUUCAGUCUCCGUGGCUAAAGAACAUAAUGUCCAAAGCUACAGAUACUCAAGGAGUCAACCUACUCUUCUCUUCUCGCCGUGGACACAUCUUUGUGCAGACUGAUCAGCCAAUUUAUAACCCUGGCCAGCGGGUUCGUUACCGGGUCUUUGCACUGGAUCACAAGAUGCGCCCAUCCACUGACACCCUCACAGUCACAGUGGAGAACUCUGAUGGCCUUCGUGUACGGAAGAAGGAAGUAUUUGCUCCCACGUCCAUCUUCCAAGAUGACUUCAUGAUCCCAGACAUCUCAGAGCCAGGGACCUGGAAGAUCUCAGCGAGGUUCUCAGACAGUCUGCAGUCCAAUAGCAGCACCCACUUUGAAGUGAAGAAAUAUGUUCUUCCCAACUUUGAAGUGAGGAUCACCCCAUGGAAGCCAUAUAUCCUGACAGUGCCCAGCCACCUGGAUGAAAUACAACUAGACAUCCAGGCCAGGUAUGUCUACGGGAAGCCCGUCCAGGGUGUGGCAUACACACGCUUCGCACUCAUGAAUGAGCAUGGCGAGAGGACUUUUCUUCGGGGCCUGGAGACCCAGACCAAGUUGGUAGAAGGCCAGUGUCAAGUUUCCAUCCCAAAGGACAAGUUCCAGGCUGCCCUGGAUAAAGUCAACAUGGGGAUCAGAGACCUGGAGGGGCUGCGCCUCUAUGCUGCAGCAGCUGUCAUCGAAUCUCCAGGGGGGGAGAUGGAGGAGGCGGAACUCACAUCCUGGCGCUUUGUGUCAUCUCCCUUCUCCUUGGACCUCAGCAACACCAAACAGCAUCUUGUGCCUGGAGCCCCCUUCCUGCUGCAGGCUGUGGUGCGAGAAAUGGCAGGCUCCAUAGCCUCUGACGUUCCUGUCAAAGUUUCUGCCACAUUGUCUCCUGGCUCUGACUCGAAAGUCCUCAACUUUCAACAGAACACCAACGGGAUUGGCCAAGUCAGCAUUUCCAUCCACAUCCCACCAGCCACCACAGAACUUCGGCUCUCAGUGUCUGCAGGCUCCCCCUAUCCAGCCACAGCCAGGCUCACCGUGCAAGCCCCACCUCCACGAAGCUCUGGCUUUCUGUCCAUUGAGCCGCUGGACCAUCGACCCCCUCGUGUGGGGGACACUCUCAUCCUGAACCUGCGAACUGUGGGCAUCCAAAGGCCUACCUUCUCUCAUUACUACUACAUGGUCCUCUCCCGGGGCCAGAUCGUGGCCAUGAAUCGGGAGCCUAGGAGGACUCUGACCUCCAUCUCUGUGUUGGUGGACCAUCAUCUGGUACCUUCCUUCUAUGUUGUGGCCUACUACUUUCAUCAAGGACACCUAGUGGCCAACUCCCUGCUCAUCAAUGUCCAGCCUGGGGACUGUGAGGGCAAGCUGGAAUUGAAUGUGGAUGGCACUAAGGAGUAUCGGAUUGGGGACAGCAUGAAACUCCAAAUUCAAACGGACUCUCAAGCCCUGGUGGCACUGGGAGCUGUGGACACAGCUCUGUAUGCUGUGGGUGGCAGGUCUCACAAGCCCCUCGACAUGAGCAAGGUCUUUGAAGUAAUGAACAGCUACAAUCUUGGCUGUGGUCCCGGAGGCGGGGACAAUGCCCUCCAGGUGUUCCAGGCUGCUGGUCUGGCUUUUUCUGAUGGAGAACAACUAAGUCAAAUCAGGGAGGGCCUGAGCUGUCCCAAGGAGAAGAAAAGCCGACAAAAGAGAAAUGUGAACUUCCAGAAAGCUGUCAGUGAGAAGUUGGGCCAGUAUGCUUCCCCAGAGGCCAGACGCUGCUGCCAAGAUGGGCUGACAAGGUUGCCCAUGGCUCGCAGCUGUGAACAGCGGGCAGCCCGUGUGCGGCAGCAGGCUUGCCGGGAGCCCUUCUUGUCCUGUUGCCUGUUUGCAGAGGAACUGCGCAAGAACCACACCAGGAACCAGGCAGGGCUUGCCCGAGCCCAGGAGGUGCUGCAGGAAGAAGAUCUGCUAGAUGAAGAUAGCAUCCUUGUGCGUAGCUUCUUCCCAGAGAACUGGCUCUGGAAAGUGGAGCAUGUGGACCGAUUCAAACUGCUGACGCAGUGGCUUCCCGACUCUCUGACCACAUGGGAGAUUCAUGGUGUGAGCCUGUCCAAGAGCAAAGGCCUGUGUGUAGCCACACCAAUCCGUGUUCGAGUGUUCCGAGAAUUCCACAUGCACCUGCGCCUGCCCACCUCUGUCCGACGGUUUGAGCAGUUUGAAUUACGGCCUGUUCUGUACAACUAUCUGAAUACUGACCUGACUGUGAGUGUUCAUGUGUCCCCAGUGGAAGGGCUGUGCCUGGCUGGUGGUGGAGGGCUGGCCCAGCAGGUGUUGGUGCCUGCAGGCUCUGCCAGGCCUGUUGCCUUCUCUGUGGUACCCACGGCUGCUGCUGCUGUGUCCAUGAAAGUGGUGGCUCGAGGGCUUUUUGAUGUGGGAGAUGCUGUGUCUAAGAUUCUGCAAAUUGAAAAGGAAGGGGCCAUCCACAGAGAAGAGAUGGUCUACGAACUCAACCCCCUGGAUAACCGAGCCCGGACUUUGGAAAUUCCUGGCAGCUCUGACCCGAACAUGAUCCCCGAUGGAGAUUUCAGCAGCUUCGUCAGGGUUACAGCCUCUGAACCUUUGGAUACUUUGGGCUCUGAAGGCGCCUUGUCCCCAGGAGGCGUGGCCUCCCUCUUGAGGCUUCCCCAGGGCUGUGCAGAACAAACCAUGAUCUAUUUGGCCCCUACGCUGACUGCUUCCCACUACCUGGACCAGACAGAGCAAUGGAGCAAGCUGCCCCCCGAGACCAAGGACCACGCUGUGGAUCUGAUCCAGAAAGGCCACAUGCGAAUCCAGCAGUUUCGGAAGAAAGAUGGCUCCUUUGGGGCUUGGUUGCACCGGGACAGCAGUACCUGGCUCACAGCCUUUGUGCUGAAGAUUCUGAGUUUGGCCCAGGAUCAGGUGGGCGACUCCCCAGAGAAGCUGCAGGAGACAGCUGGUUGGCUACUAUCACAGCAGCUGGGUGACGGCUCAUUCCACGACCCGUGUCCAGUCAUCCACAGAGGCAUGCAGGGGGGUUUGGUGGGGAAUGAUGAGACUGUGGCGCUCACUGCCUUCGUGGUCAUCGCCCUUCACCACGGGCUGGCUGUCUUCCAGGAUGGGAGUGCCCAGCAGCUGAAGAACAGAGUGGAAGCCUCCAUCUCCAAGGCUAACGAGUUCUUGGGGCAGAAGGCAAGUGCAGGGCUCCUGGGUGCCCAUGCAGCCGCCAUCACCGCCUAUGCCCUGACAUUGACCAAGGCCUCUGAGGACCUGAGGAACGUUGCCCACAACAGCCUGAUGUCCAUGGCUGAGGAAACAGAUGAAAACCUCUACUGGGGCUUAGUCAUUGGCUCCCAGAACAAUGUUGUGUCCCCCACACCGGCCCAUCGUGGCCCAUCAGAACCUGUGCCCCAGGCCCCAGCCCUGUGGAUUGAAACCACCGCCUACGGCCUGUUACAUCUGCUGCUCAGGGAGGGCAAGGGAGAAAUGGCUGACAAGGCUGCGUCCUGGCUCACCCACCAGGGCAGCUUCAAAGGGGGAUUCCGCAGUACCCAGGACACAGUGGUCACCCUGGAUGCCCUGUCUGCAUACUGGAUUGUUUCCCACACCACGGAGGAGAAGGUCCUCAAUGUGACUCUCAGCUCCCUGGGCCGCAAUGGAUUGAAGUCUCACAUGCUGCAACUUAACAACCACCAAGUCAAGGGCCUGGAGGAGGAGCUGAAGUUUCCCCUGGGCAGCAAGAUCACUGUGAAGGUGGGAGGAAACAGCAAAGGCACCUUGAAGGUCCUUCAUACCUACAAUGUCCUGAACUUGAAGAACACGACCUGUCAGGACCUUCAGAUGGAAGUCACAGUCACAGGCUACGUGGAGUAUACCAGGGAAGCCAACGAAGACUACGAAGACUAUGAGUAUGAGAUGCCAGCUUCAGAUGACCCUGGUGCCCACUCGAACUCGAAGCCUGUGACGCCCCUACAGCUGUUUGAGGGCCGUAGGAGCCGCCGCAGAAGGGAGGCUCCCAAGGUGGCAGAGGAACAGGAGUCCAGAGUCCAGUACACCGUGUGCAUCUGGCGCAAUGGCAAGGAGGGGUUGUCCGGCAUGGCAAUUGCAGACAUCACUCUUCUGAGUGGAUUCCACGCCCUGAGGGCUGACCUGGAGAAGCUGACUUCCCUCUCCGAUCGUUAUGUGAGUCACUUUGAGACCGACGGGCCCCAUGUCCUACUGUACUUCGACUCGGUCCCAACCACCCGGGAGUGUGUGGGCUUUGGAGCCCUGCAGGAGGUGGCUGUGGGUCUGGUGCAGCCUGCCAGUGCUGUCCUGUAUGACUACUACAGCCCCGAUCACAAGUGCUCUGUGUUUUAUGCUGCACCGACUAAGAGCAAGCUGCUGUCCACCUUGUGCUCUGCAGACGUCUGCCAGUGUGCUGAGGGGAAGUGCCCUAAACAGCGACGCUCGCUGGAACGAGGGGAGCAGGACAAAGAUGGCUACCGGAUGAAGUUUGCCUGUUAUUAUCCCCGUGUGGAGUAUGGCUUCCAGGUUAAAGUUCUCCGAGAAGAUGGCAGAGCUGCCUUCCGCCUCUUUGAGACCAAGAUCAUCCAAGUCCUGCAUUUCACCAAGGAUGCCAAGGCUUCGGUAGGUCAGACCCGCAACUUCCUGGUCCGGGCUUCUUGCCGCCUUCGCCUGGAGCCUAACAAAGAAUACUUAAUCAUGGGUCUGGACGGGGCCACCAGUGACCUCAAGGGAGACCCUCAGUACUUGCUGGACUCCAACAGCUGGAUCGAGGAGAUGCCCUCAGAGCGCCUGUGCCGGAGCACCCGCCAGCGGGCAGCCUGCGCACAGCUCAACGACUUUAUCCAGGAGUACAGCAGUCAGGGGUGCCAGGUGUGAGGGUGCAGGACUCUGGACCCCUGAACUCAGCCCAAGGGUCAGUCAUAAAUAAAAGCUUUUGACAGCAAA